AUGUUAAAACUCCUCUUUGGACUAGCACUGAUCCAUCAACUGGAUGGGAGUUCCUCCACCACUCGUCGAUUGGGUAAGAUCUUCGGAGGAUAUACAGUGCCAGUAAGGGAUCAUUCAUUUCUGGUCAAUCUUCGGCGUGGUGGAAAAUUCCGCUGUGGUGGCGUCCUAAUCUCGCCCAGCUGUGUUCUCACAGCGGCUCAUUGCUUGGAGGGAAGGCAUCGACAUGUUAGGGAUUUGACCAUCCAUGCACAACAACAGUGCUUGGGCGAUGCGACGCCGCCGGAGCAUGUGCGUCCGGCCUGGUAUGUGGGCUUAUCGCCACAUUACUGCUCUCAGCGCGGUCUGGACGCCGAUGUGGCUGUGAUCCGGUUGAGUCGCCCCUUUGACAUCGCCGGCAAUGCGAGUCUGGUGAGGAUCGACUUUAACGAUCUGCCGUGGAAGGCCAAUCUGACGGUGAUGGGUUGGGGAUCGGUCAACGAGCAAGGUCACAACUGGAAUCAAUGCCUGCAGGAAGCCAAAGUUGAGCUUAUCCCGCAGGAGCAGUGCAUCAAAUCCAUGGACUCGGGUCAACAACGAGUUACGAACAAUAUGUUUUGUGCUCUGGGGGAAAAUGCCAAAGACGCCUGCCAGGGUGACUCCGGAGGUCCCAUCAUCCACGCUGGCCGCUCCGUGGGCAUCGUUUCCUGGGGCUAUGGCUGUGGCAGUGGUUAUCCAGGUGUCUACACUCGCCUCAGCAGUCCAUCCAUUACGUACUGGCUAAAGAGCUUCAUGGACCAAAAUUGCUGUUUCCGGGCAGCAUCAUUAUCACUUUCCAAGCUAUACAGCAAUAUACAUAGUAGCUAUCAGUCUGGACACGCCAUGGCUGGCCUGUGGUUGCUCUGGUGGCUCUGCCAGUUGACUUUUGGUUCCUCCAGCCAAACUCGCAUAGUGGGCGGCAAGGAGACAACUAUUUCCCAGGUUCCAUACCUGGUUAAUCUGCGCCAGAAUGGUUAUUUUAUAUGCGGUGGAUCGCUGAUCUCCACCAGCGUGGUGCUCAGUGCAGCGCAUUGUGUGUAUGGGUCCCAGCCAGAGGAUUACACCAUCCAUGCCGGCGCCAGUCGGUUGGAUGAAGGUGCUCCCGUGGUUCGCAAUAUAGCCAUGUUCCACACUUCGCCCAGCUACUCUGCCACCAAUUUCGACAUGGACGUAGCUUUGUUGCAACUGCAGGAGCCUGUACUUCUUAUUCCGGGUAAAGUUGCCACCAUUACUCCUUGUCGCAAUGCGCCGGAGGCCAAUGCAUAUGCCAGGAUUAGUGGUUGGGGAGUGACCCGCGAGAAUAACCGUGAUCCUGCUGAACAGGUCCGAACGGCCAUGGUGAGAGUGCUGCCGGGCGCGGAAUGCCAGCUGUCUUACUCCGUGUUUGCCCAACUAAGCGACUCCAUGCUCUGUGCCGCCGUGCGUGGUGUCCGGGAUUCCUGCUCCGGCGAUUCAGGCGGUCCUUUGGUCUACCGCGGACAGGUUUGUGGCAUUGUGUCCUGGGGAUUCGGCUGUGCCCGUCCAGCUUUUCCGGGUGUUUACACCAACGUGGCUAGUGGAAGGGUUUAUGCUUUUAUAGAGCAAACUCUACAGAGGAUUAGGAACUUACUGCUACCGGAUAGGGCAAAUAUCGUAGGAUGGAGUGAGCCGAUGGCGACGCUGUGGCUGUGGCUCUUGCUCCACCUGUUCCCACUUUGCUGGGCGGCCGGCAACGAGGCCAACAGUCGAAUUGUGGGCGGUGUCCCAGUGGAUAUUGGCAAUGUGCCCUACCUAGUGAACCUGCGCAUCGCUGGGAGGUUUAUAUGCGGUGGUUCCUUGGUCACCCCGCAGCAUGUCGUCACCGCCGCCCAUUGCGUCAAGGGAGUGGUACGCACCACUUUGGACCACGAUGUGGCUCUCCUGCAGCUGCAGCAUCCGCUCCAGGCCUCCGUUGCUCGACCCAUUUCCUUGGCUGUGAAUUCUCCUCGCCCUGGGUCUUUUGUCCGGGUUUCCGGCUGGGGACUAACCGACGACAGCUCCACAUCGCUGCCCAAUCAGCUCCACAGCGUCCAUGUGCGAGUAAUGCCACAGUGGGAGUGUCGGGAUUUAUAUCGUGGCUAUCGGAAUAUUACGGCCAGCAUGUUCUGUGCAUCGAUUCCGGGCUUGAAGGAUGCCUGUGCCGCCGAUUCCGGGGGACCGGUGGUCAACGCCCAUGGUUUCCUCGUGGGCGUCGUCUCAUGGGGCAGGGCCAAUCGCUGUGCCGCAGCAAAUAGUCCCGGGGUUUACUCCGAUGUCAGUUACCUAUCCGACUGGAUAAUCGAUAAUAUGCGCCGGUAUUGCUAGAUCUGCUUCGAAUCU